AUGCGCAACAACUUCACCGAGGCGAUUUGCCACUCCCAGUAUUUCAACAAAACCGAAUUCCAAUUGGCCAAGCCCAUCAAGGAGUACUUCGCCGGUGUCGGCGAGGGCAUCGUCACCGACGAACGCUAUGGCGCUGACCCGAAACACCUUCGUUACUACAAGAGUGUCCCCCACCUGCCACGGCUGACUAAACCGCCGACCAAGCCGGCCGACUAUUAUUCUACGCCAGCCUACAACGACCCUACUCUCCUGCGGGAGAUGGACGCGCAAGGGAAGCUGAUCUCCUGUAUGAAAUGUGGCCGCGGCACGGGCGGCGACCGCCCGAUCAUCUCCUGCGAUUAUUGCCCCUGCCGCUUUCAUCUUGAUUGCCUCGAUCCGCCCCGCUCCAUCCCCACCAACCCUUAUGUCGGAUGGAUGUGUCCCAACCAUGUUACUCCCGAUGACAUGAUUGCCAUCAAGGAACGUGAGGAUGGCGGUGAGCAUGUGCGCCGCGUGCGCCGCCCGAAGAACAUGCGGUCGAUCGAUGUCGACGUGAGUUUCUCGGACGAUCCAGAGAAAACCCUGUUUGAUGAUGAAUGGCGCGAGCAACGUGCCCGUCUGCCCGCUGGCGAUCUGAUUCUGGAGUUCAUCGACACGGUCAAGCACGACCGUAGCAGACGCGAGAAGGAGCACAUGUUGCACGUCGAGAAACAGUGCCUGAGCAUGGCGCGCAUCAUUACCAUGGAAUACUACCGGCGCCUGGGCAUCGACCACCCUGCACAGGUGGUCUCGGACCAUGGAGUGUCCUCUGAGAUUGCCGCUGGCAUUUCUACUGUUGUGCAACAGUCCAUGGAUGGCAAGACGCCCGAUCACGAGGCAGCCACCGUUCUCCUGGCCCUCGCUCACAUGGGGCCUACCUCUUCCACCACGGCCACCGAAGAUGGCAUUGCCUCUCAGCCCACCGACUCUCACCAAGAUGCCCCGACUCCCAACGCCGCUGUAUCCUCUCAGGCCAACGAGCCUAACUCCCAGGUGGACGAAGGAACCACCAUCGGAUCAUCCCAGAAUGCUACCGCUUCAUCUGAAGCACCUCAGACCGCUCCGCCUCUCACUUUUGAUGAUUCGGCCUCUGAAUCCUCGGGCCCAGAUACUCUCCCCAAGGCUAAUCUCCCUGGCUUCGAUGCGAAGGCUUCCCGUGGCCGAAAGCGAUCUCUCACCGAAACCGAGACCCUCGCCACGGAGGAAGAGCCCGCGCAGAAACGCCAGCACGUCGAGUCCGCGCCCAAAGCGCAGUGCCCACAGAGCCAGGCCGGCGUCGACGCCGAUGGCAACAGCGACACGGAAGACGCCCGCCCCAACGACCCAGUCAUUGUCAACGACGAAGACAAAGACGCUCCCACCUGGGGCUCCAACGACAAGGAACACCUCCCGUCGGCGGAGCAACUGGAGAACGACCAAAUUGUGAAAGACAUAAAAGACCGCCUGAAGGGUGUUGAUACGAUGCUGCGCGAGGGCCAGACCGACCCCGAGACGCAGAUUAGCUUGCUUGAUGAGAUCGAGGGCUUGUCAAAAGCCUUGCGGGGGCGCAUCGGCGGUACAUCGCAGCCGGCGAAUCAACAUGCUCAGUCUGUGAAACAGACGGACGGCGAGGAGGAGCUGUGA